AUGGGGAAACACAACAGCAAGCUGGCUCCGGAGGUUCUGGAUGACCUGACCAAGAGCACCGAAUUCAACGAGGCAGAGCUGAAGCAGUGGUACAAAGGCUUCCUCAAAGACUGCCCCUCUGGCAUCCUCAACCUGGAGGAGUUUCAGCAGCUCUACGUCAAGUUCUUCCCCUAUGGUGAUGCCUCAAAGUUCGCCCAGCAUGCGUUUCGGACGUUUGACAAGAACGGCGACGGGACGAUCGACUUCAGGGAGUUCAUCUGCGCCUUGUCCAUCACCUCCAGGGGCAGCUUCGAGCAGAAACUCAACUGGGCCUUCAACAUGUACGAUCUGGACGGGGAUGGAAAGAUCACACGCAUGGAGAUGCUGGAGAUCAUCGAGGCCAUCUACAAGAUGGUCGGCACAGUGAUCAUGAUGCGUAUGAACGAGGACGGGCUGACUCCGCAGCAGCGCGUGGACAAGAUCUUCUCCAAGAUGGACAAGGACCACAAUGAUGAGAUCAGCCUGGAAGAGUUCAAAGAGGCCGCCAAGUCCGACCCCUCCAUCGUCCUACUGCUGCAGUGUGACAUGCAGAAGUAG